UAGGUGGGGCUCCGAGGAACCGGCGAGGAUGAUCGCGGCGACUUGUACCGCCGUUUCUCCCGCAGCUAGCGGGAAAACGGCGUCGCCCGACGCGGAGGACUUGCACCCUGCCUACGCUGCCCGAUUGGGGCGUCCGGGCUGGGAGGCCCGGUGGGGGAGCGAGGAGAAGGAGCGCGUGGCGGGGGCAGAAGCGGGAGCGAUCGCGGUCGCGGGGGCAGCGGCUGGGUUUGCCACGGCCGGCGGCUUGGACGCCACCGCCACGGCUGCUGCUGAUGAGGCUUCUGCCGGUAGCGGCGGUGCGGGCGAUGACCCCCUAGCGGACGAGUUUUUGCCUGACGAUGUUGCGGAGCUCAGGAGCAUGGUGGUGUCGAACCGGCGAAGUUUCCAGGACUACCUCUUGAAGUCUCUCGAGGCGAGCAACGAACUCAAGCAGUCCAACGCUAAGCUAGAAGUGGAGCUGUCCAGGGCAAAGGCGAGGCUUGCGGCGGAGGAGCAACUGCGGGAGAGCCUGCAGAAAAGCUUCCUCGACUACAUGAGCCGGAGCGGCGAUGCGGGGGCGGCCGGUAAGGCGCAGGUCGCGAAGUUGGAGAAAGACGUGCUAGCGCUAGCCGCUGAGGCGGAUGAACUCAGGCGAUUCACUCAGGAAUACAUGGUCAAGGCUUCCAGCGACAAGCAAAACGCUCUCCAAGAGGCCGCCGCAACCGCGCGCGCUCAGUCGGCUGGGCGCAUCGCGGCGUUGCAGGCCCAGGUUUUGGAGCUUCAGGCGGGUGGCUGAAAGCGCCGGUGUACGAACUAAGCCUCCAUAUCUGCUGCUUUUUUGGUUUUGAUGUUGGGAAUCGAAUGUUGCCGCGACUUUGCCUUGUUGUCUGUUCUUACAGCAGUGUUAAUCUAGAGUUGACGUUGCAACGGCUGGCUUUUAGUUUUGAUGUUGGGAAUCGAAUGUUGCCACGACAUGCCUUCUUGUCUUUUCGUACAGCAGUGUUAUUCUUGAGUUGGCGUUGCAACGGCUGGGUUCUCUUGUGGACUGCUGCUGCUGCGAAGGACUCGAGCAUCAUCUGUGGUCGUCUCAUGUGGUGUGUGGGGUCUCGAUGCCCUUCGUGGGAUCGGAUACCGCCCGUUGAGGUCGCCGAUUUCUCUUGUUUUUUCCCGAGAUCUUCCCACGCCUUUGUUGCAGAGGGGGAGCUUAGCGUGGAACAACGUGCACAUGUAUGUAGUAGUCUGGUUGUCCUAAGACGCCGCGUGCGGCGGCAGUAGACACCAGCCGCAGCAGCAGCAGCUGGGCGGCAGGUAGUGUCAUGACAGGAGUGGUGCCUCUUGGAGCGAUUUCGAAGCACUAAUGGACUCCUCCUUUCUCUAGUCUUUGGAGCGUUUUGUAUUAUGACAAUGUUGGGGACGGGUAUGCCAUGUGGUGCAAGGUGCCUUGAAGAGAGGUUUGCAGUAUCCAGCGAAAUAGAAGGGUUUGAUGUUAACGAUGGCCGGCAGUGCCGACCAAGACGCGGCGAUCAGCAUGUCCCGGUCGGCUUCGCGGUACACUACUGUAGAUGUGAGAAAUAUAUUUUGUGCUUCAGCUCCCGCAUGGGGGCAUCGACCCUACUCCCUUGGUUUCGGGUUCCCUUGGUUUUGGGGUUCCCCUACCCCUUGCUCCUAGUGGCUGCAUUUUGUGUCGAUUGAGGGGUUGGCCUUUGGCCAUGGAAGCUCGUUUCUUUGCCUCCGAAGUGUGGAAGCGGCGUCACUGAGAUGUCAGACUUUUUUUUUUUUUUUCUCCUAAGCAACAGCAUCAUCUUUGUUUCUGUGAGGAAACCCACAUUGGUUGAUGUGGUCUAUAUUGACGGCAGCCCGAUCGUACCGAUGCUCUAAGCUGUUGAUGUGAAGCGAAAGCGCAGAGAAGGAGGCCUCUCAU